AUGGCAAAGAAGGUGGCAGUGAUCGGAGCUGGGGUCAGUGGCCUGGUUUCUCUGAAGUGCUGUGUGGAUGAGGGACUGGAGCCCACUUGCUUUGAGCGGACGGAAGAUAUUGGAGGGCUGUGGAGGUUCAAAGAAAAUGUUGAAGAUGGCCGAGCGAGUAUCUAUCAGUCUGUCAUCACCAACACCAGCAAAGAAAUGUCUUGUUUCAGUGACUUCCCAAUGCCUGAAGACUUUCCAAACUUCCUGCACAAUUCUAAGCUCCUGGAAUAUUUCAGGAUUUUUGCCAGAAAGUUCGAUCUUCUAAAAUAUAUUCAGUUCCAGACAACUGUCCUCAGUGUGAAAAAACACUUGGAUUUCUCAUCCUCUGGCCAAUGGGAGGUUGUUACCGAGAGCAACAGCAAGAAGCAAAGUGCUGUCUUUGAUGCAGUUAUGGUUUGCAGUGGCCAUCACAUCCUCCCUCACAUCCCAGUGGAGUCAUUUCCAGGUAUCGAGAGGUUCAAAGGCCAGUAUUUCCAUAGCCGCCAAUACAAGCACCCAGAGGGACUUGAAGGGAAGCAUAUCCUGGUGAUUGGACUAGGAAACUCGGCCUCAGAUAUUGCCGUUGAGCUGAGUGAGAAGGCUGCUCAGGUAUUUAUCAGCACCAGACAUGGUUCCUGGGUCAUGGGCCGUAUCUCUGAAGAUGGCUAUCCCUGGGACAUGGUGUUCCAUACGCGGUUUAGGUCCAUGCUCCGAAAUGUCCUGCCACAAGUGAUUCGAAAAUGGAUGAUGGAACAGCAGAUGAACCAGUGGUUCAACCAUGAAAAUUAUGGCCUUGAGCCUCAAAACAAAUAUCUUAUGAAAGAACCUGUACUAAAUGACGAUCUUCCAAGUCGUAUACUCUACGGAGCCAUCAAGGUGAAACCGAGAGUGAAAGAGCUCACAGAAACUUCUGCCAUCUUUGAAGACGGAACAGUGGAGGAGAAGAUUGAUGUCAUUGUCUUUGCAACAGGAUAUACUUUCUCUUUUCCAUUCCUUGAAGAUUCACUUAUUAAAGUAGAGGAUAAGAUGGUCUCACUGUAUAAAUACAUGUUCCCCCCUCAACUGGAGAAGUCCACUCUGGCGUGCAUUGGUCUCAUCCAGCCCCUAGGUUCCAUUUUCCCAACUGUUGAACUUCAAGCUCGUUGGGCAACCAGGGUUUUCAAAGGCUUGUGUGCCUUGCCCUCGGAGAGGACUAUGAUGGCGGACAUUAUCAAGAGGAAUGAAGAAAGAAUAGAUCUGUUUGGAAAGAGCCGGAGCCAGACACUGCAGACCAAUUACAUCGACUACUUGGACGAGCUCGCCUUAGAGGUAGGUGCGAAGCCAGACAUCCUGAUCCUCUUGUUAAAAGACCCCAAACUGGCUGUGAAGCUCUAUUUCGGACCCUGCAACUCCUACCAGUACCGCCUCACUGGGCCCGGGCAGUGGAAAGGAGCCAAGAAUGCCAUCCUCACCCAGAAACAACGGAUACUGAAGCCUUUGAAGACACGGGUACUAAAAGCUUCAUCUGAUUUCCCAGUUUCCUUCCUGUUGAAAAUCCUAGGGCUUCUUGCUCUUGCUGUGGCCCUUUUUUUUCAGCUUCAGUGGUUCUAAUCUGACAGCAUAAAGCUUUUGACUUUAGUGUCAGUUCCUCUUAAAAAAAGAAAAAAAAGGAAAAAUAUGAAAUCUAGAUUCUAUAUUUCAGAGUUGAGAGGAACAGAGAGAGGUGGUCGUAGAGAAGAGGAGAAUUAGGUCCAUGUAAAACACCAAAACGGUGUCAUGAAAUUUCUUUGCCACUCCACCCUUCCUUCAAGUUCUUCAGACUCUCCAAAAGGACAACUAAAUAGGACGACUAAAUAGUGCUGCAGGCCCCACAGAAGAGGGUUGUGUGGAAAAAAUAGAAAUACACAGAAUGACAAGCAAGCCCCAUGGUUUAAAACAUUGGAAAAUUUCAAUGGUGGGUAAAUAUUUAAAUGCCUGCAUGAUGUUCUUGAUAGGCUUCUUAUCCGGACUGUAUUCGGUAACAGAGUUCUCGAGUGUUACGUCAUGCUCCAUUUGCUUGGCAGGGAAUCACUCAAAAAUCCUGGAGGAAAAAAUGAGAGGCUAGACUCAGAAAGCAAUGGCGAUGAUCAGACAGACUCCUUGGGCCUCAUGGUGAAAGCAAAACCAAUAGGCACAUUUCUUACAUUUUGACAGAAACACCGUUGUAAAAAUAAAAAUAAACCUGCAGUAACAGCUAUAUGCACAUUCAGUACUUAUCAUAGACCAGAUAUUGUGCUCAGGGCACAUCGUCCAUAUUAACUUCAUUGAAAUUUCACAACAAUUCUGUGAGAUGGACGCGGCUAUUCUACCUGUUCUACAGGUGAUGAAACUGAGACUCAGAGCAGUUGGGUAACAUAACCAGGACCAUACAGCUGGUCUUGUCGUGGAGCCGGGAUUGGAACCCAGUUUUGCUUGAUUCUGGAACUAUGGAUCAUAACCUUUCCCCAGAAUAUACUUACUUACAAAACCCCCAUUGCUGAUAAAGUGCUUGUUAACAGUUUAUGUUAUUUAUAAUCAUAUAUAUGUUGCUUUUGGAGGAACUUAACACAGAUGACAGCACUCUUCUUGCAAAUAUGAUCAAUUAAUUUUAUUCAUAAUAUUUGGUUUAUAGUCCAACCAGAUCUAAAAAGCAUUCGAAGGAAUUUACAAUGAAAGACACCUAUACAAGGAUAUUUAAGAUAAUCAUUGACAUUUUGCAAAAACAAUCACUGUGGUACAAGUUUAUGUCCCAAGUAGAUGGAAAGCAUUAUAAUGAUUGAGCCUUGUAUUUAGCUCUAACCUUAGAGGUAAACCAAGCAAAAAGUGAAACAAUAUGUAAUCUCUGUCCUCUGAUAAAAGGGAGCAUACCAGUUGGUUAGGAGGCACAUUUUCUUGGAACUGAAAUCCAACAAAACGUACAAGCAAUUCAAUGUCAAAAGAUAUUGAGAAACAGAAUAAACAUCUGGUUUAUUAAUCCAUUAUAGCCAUUCUCUCCAUGAACUGUGCUUUGGGAGAUAAGCUAUGCCCUAAGCCCAGACCAAGGCCUAUUGAAGAGGGAAAAGGUCAAAGAUUAAAGAUUUAGGCAAAUUUCUCCUCUUACUCUUCCAAAGUCUGUGUGGACACUGAUCUUCACUUCGGCCUGGAUUUGUCCCUGAAGUACCCAGAGCAAUGCAAUGGCAAUCUCUGUCAGUGGAAGCUUUAUUUCUUUAAAGUCCAUUGAAAUGACACCAGCGUUUAAAUGCGAUGUAUUUUUUUCAUUGUUCCUAUGAGUGGCUUCCCUUGAAAAAAAAUUUCGGAUGGUAUAUACACUUCUUGAUUAAAAACUGAUUACUUUGCCAAUUAUUAAAGAUUGUUUGCAAAGCAUUGUAUUAUUAUUAAUCAUAGUAGAGUUUGUCAAGCCUGUAUGGCAAGAAUACUGCCUGUGGGUUAAAGA